CCAAGAAUGAGAAAGGUACCACUACCAGCCACAUAAGUCUAACCUGCCUCACCAACUCACAUCUAGAAGCAAUGAGAUUUGAUUGUCACUUCCUUAAUUCUCUCACUUCCUUUGGAUCACAACUCAAAUUAAUCCUAUGAAAAAAUUCACAGCAGAUAGAAUAAAUAUUGCUAUAUAGUAUUAUUAUGCUGCUGCACUAGAAUAUUAGCAUCUAUAGAGUCGUUAUUAAUUACGAACCAACCAACACCAAUACCAUAUAUAAAUACAAUACAUACAUCAAUCGAUGUUUUUUAUAUUCAUUCACUCUGAAUCAAUGAAGCAAAGAAGUGAGUGAUCAUCAAAUAUAGAUAGAAUUGAUCGAUAUGGGAAGGUCCCCUUGCUGUGAGAAAGGUCACAUAAACAAAGGAGCAUGGAGCAAAGAAGAAGGAGCGGCUGCUCACGGUGAGGGAUGCUGGCGCUCUCUCCCAAAAGCCGCUGGUCUUCUCCGUUGCGGUAAGAGUUGCCGUCUCCGGUGGAUCAACUACCUACGCCCCGACCUCAAACGUGGAAAUUUCACCCAACAAGAAGAUCAACUCAUCAUAAAACUCCACACUCUCCUCGGUAACAAGUGGUCUAUGAUAGCCGGAAGAUUGGCCGGAAGAACAGAUAAUGAGAUAAAAAAUUAUUGGAAUACACAUUUAAGAAAGAAGCUUUUGAGCAGAGGAAUUGACCCAGCAACUCACAUGCCUCUCGACCAACCUAAUUCUUCUGCUUCUGCCACCACAGCUCAAGUGGAAAGCUGCCCUAAUUUGAAUCUUGAACUAACCAUUAGUCCUCCACAUGAUCACCCUCACCACCCAUUCAUUUGUAGCACAAGCACUGCUACUGCUUAACAGUGUUUUGUUUUGGAUUACAUAAUUAUUAUAAGCAUGGAUUUUCAAAGAUAUUCAUU